UGCAGCAUAUGGUACACCUUGAGUCAAGGGUGAAGUGAAUGUAUCGUGACUGGAAAGGUUCUUGGGGACGUGAAAGGAUGAUUGAGUGUUCAUAAUGAAGACUAUCGAAGAAGUGGACGUCUUAAAUCAACAACGAAGUGAUUGUAUCAUAACUCGAAUGGUUCUUGUAGACUUGAAAAAUGAUUGAAUUUUUAUAGUGAGGACUAUCAAAGACUAUUGGACGCUUUGAGUCAACAGCGAGGCGACUGUAUCAUGACUGAAAAGGUUCUUGUGGUCUUGAAGGAGAACCUAGUGUUCACAAUGAGAACAAUCGAUGACUAUUUUAUCUAUGGAGCCCAGGAAGUGGACGAUCGAAGUGCAACCACUUUUUAUAGAAUGUAACGGAGCUCCAAUUUUGGACCAGGACGAAGUACUCAAAGAUCUUAAGGAGCCACCAGUUUCCGAUGAAGAUGAAUGCGGUAUGCAGAUCGACACCGAAAGUAGUCUGGAUACUGAAGAAGUAGCUCAAGAGGAUGGUGAAAACAACAUCAAGUACGCCUGCCAGUGCUGCGACAGUGUUUAUCCAAAGAAAUCUUAUCUGGUGGCCCACAAACACAUCGCACAUGGGAUACAAAACAAAGGCCCCGAAAGGUUGGAGUGCAAUGUUUCCAACAAGAAUUUCGUCAAUGAAAAAAGCCUUCGCACCAGUGUACACACCGAUCUCUGCAAAGAGAGCUUCCUCUGCUCUCAUUGUGGUAAAGGAUUCAAUAACAAGUACUGCCUGCAGCUGCACAUUCGUAUGCACGCUCUUAUGCACACUGGUGAAUGACCUUACCAGUGAAAAGAGUGCAAGAGAUCUUUCACCAAAUCAGUUGCACUUAGGGUGUACAUACUCAUACACACUGGCAGGAAACCGAACGUCUGUGAUGUUUGUGGACAGAGGUUCACACAGCGCAGGAGCAUGAUGACUCUUCGGCGUAAACACCCUGAAAAUCAUGCACUGG